GAUAGUAGAUGGGAAGCGCGACAACAUGUCUGAUGUCGAGAGCAAGGAUAUCGACAACUACCACUAUGACGAAGCCGUGGAGUUGACUGGUCACGGCUGGUACAACCGCUGGCUCCUGGUCGCUAGUUCCAUCAUCAGCAUGGCUGCAGCCCUGGACAUGUUCGGCUUUACGAUAGUAGUCGCCUCUGCCACGUGCGACCUUCAAUUGGGACUGAAGGAAACUGGUCUCUUGGCUUCGGCACCAUUUGUCGGAGUUAUAUUCGCGUUUCCCUGGGGUUACUAUGCGGACACCCGCGGCAGAUGGCAAGCCUUGAUGGUAUCUACAUCAGGAGGGUUCCUGAUGGCUGUCCUCACUAGCCUUGCACCGACCUGGGAGGUCAUGCUCGUGUUGAAGAUUCUGAGCUGCAGCUUUUCAUCAGUAUCAUACACCCUAACGAUGACAUAUGUGGGAGAGGCCGUGAGCAGCAGACACCGAGGAAGGUACCUCUUCAUACUUACCGGGAUGAACUUGUUGACAGAGUUUGUUUCCUUUGGACUAGCUUACCUGAUCCUCCCCUUGGACUUCAGAAUACCCAUCACUUGGCUAUCGAUUACUUUUCGACCCUGGCGCCUGUUCACCAUGGUAAUGGCAGUUCCACUCGGCCUUGGUAUGUUGUCGCUGGUCUUCCUUCAGGAGAGCCCGAAGUUCUUGGCAGACAAGGGAGAGAAUGACAAAGCGUUGGCGGUGUUGAGGAUCAUGUAUGAGGCUAAUGGAGGGAAUGGAAUUGAAUAUCCGGUGAAACAAUUGAAGAUCGACCCAAGUAACCAAACCAGCCCAACCUUUUGGAGAUCAAUCGUGGAUCAGACAAUACCUAUAUUCAAACCACCUUUUCUGUGGACCACACUAAAACUUUAUUUUCUUAUGACUAUCUGCGGUAGCACUAACAAUGUGUUCCUGAUGUGGAUGGGGUACCCCAUGAUUGUGAAUAUGUUCUUCAACGCGUUGGCCGACGGGUCCAACGCAGGCGCAAGUUUAUGUCAAUCCAUAGCUCAGAAACUGUCCACUUCUACCAAUGUUCGACAUCUUACUUGUGACGACACCAUAUCCCCCUACACCCUAUAUUCCGGCAUGAUCUAUGGCAUAUUCUUCUGUAUUCUCACUCUCCUGGUAGCUCAGGUAGCAGUACACCGGCGCCUGGUCCUCAUUGCCACCUUCUCCAUAGCAGCUGCGAGUGGCAUUCUGCUCAACGUCGUCACCCAGCCGAUAGCUGUGAUGGUCUUUUUCACGCUGCUUCAAGGAACAACCGUAGGAAUCGGCAGUGUCGCGUCGUAUUUCACGGAUUUGUACCCAACUUCUUAUAGAGGAUUGGUGACCAGCAUGUCCAUGAUGUUCGCCCGCUUCGCCUCUAUGGCCGGCGUCAACCUCAUAGGAGCCACCAUCUUCCAUCAUUGCGCUGCGACCUUCUACGGCUGGUCGGCUUUUGUUCUUAGUGGCGUGGCAGUGAGCAUGUUAAUACCAAAAGACAAAGUCAAGUGAAGAAUUUUUUUAAUGCAUCAUAAGAAUAAAAUAUGCUUAUCUACUGCAA